AUGCUCUGGCGAAGAAAGGGAUGGAUCUUAAAGCAACAUUACGGCAUGAGCUUAGUGAGGACGUUGUGGAUUAGAAUAGCAUCCCUAACAGCGCGGCGCGCCCAGACUGUAUGCUGCAUGCUCGCGCUCUCAUCAAGUUAUGGAUCAGGUCUGGCCGGACUGGCAGCAUGCUCAAUAAAGCGUCACUCGUUUUUUUCCCAUGUACUAACCGCGUGUGCGAAGAGCUUACCGUCUCCCACGCCCUAA